AUGGUAAGGGAAUUCCCAGUGUACCAUUCCCUGCAGGACGUCGCCGGGUAUAACUUGUCGGCGAGUGCCGGCGGGGGGUUGCAUGGCGGCGUUUCAGCUUUUAUGAAAGCGGGACCAAAUGACGGCAUAACCGUUGAGGGAUUCAACAGCUACGUCGCCGGAGCAUUCCCUCUCAGACAGCCUAGGAUUGUCUCCGAGAUUCUUGGUGGCAUAAUAGUGGGACCGAGCGUGUUAGGCCGGAGCAAGAAGUUCAAGGAGUUCCUGUUCCCGGAGAACGCAGACUUCAUGGUGAAAAACAUAGGCCUGCUAGGGUUCAUGUACUUCCUUUUCGUCUCCGGCGUCAAGAUGGACGUAACCCUCAUCACCAAGUCCGGCAAGAAGCACAUCUGGAUCGCCCUUGCCAGCGUCAUCUUCCCGAUGUCCAUCGUCCUCGCCGUCGGCUUCUCCCUCCGCAAGUCCAUGGACGCCGACCUCGCCUCCGUCUCCUCCAUCGGCGCCGUCGCCUCCACCGUCGCUACCACCGCCUUCCCCGUCCUAUACCCCGUCCUCAAGGAGCUCAACCUAUUGAGCUCCGAGGUCGGACGGAUGUCCCUCUCCACCGCCGUCAUUGCCGACGCCAUCGGCAUCAACGCCCUCAUCGCCUUCGAGGCCUCGAAACAAGGCGAGGCCCAGUCGAAGAACGGCGGCUGGUACCUCAUGUCCUCCAUCUUCAUCCUCAUCCUCCUCAUCCUCAUCCGCAAGCUCAUGACCUGCCUCGUCCUCCGCUCCGGCCAGAACGGCAAGCCCAUCGACCAGGCCUUCAUCGUCGCCAUCCUCCUCGGCGCCCUCUUCAUGGGCUUCCUCACCGACAUGUUCGGCCUCGCCAUCGCCAACGGCCCAAUGUGGUUGGGCCUCGUCAUUCCCGACGGCCCUCCGCUGGGGUCCACGCUCGUCGAGAGAACGGAGACCAUCGCCACCGAAAUUCUCAUGCCCUUCUCGUUCGCGUUUAUCGGCAUGUACGUUGACGUCUCCAAUGUCGGAUUUGUUUGGCCGGCGCUUAAGCCGCUUGUCGCCAUGACCCUCAUUGGUUAUGUUACGAAGAUACUUGCCACGGUGCUUGCUUGUCUUUACUUCAAGAUGCCUUUGAGGGAUAGCCUCGCGCUCAGCUUUACUCUCAGCGUGAGGGGUCAAGUGGAGCUUUUGUUGUUCAUUCACUGGAUGGACAAACAGAUUUUGCACCCCUCCUAUUUCACAAUGUUGGUGCUCCUAACAACCAUGAUAACCGGGAUAGUAACACCACUAAUCAGCCUCGUCUACGAUCCAACAAAGCCAUACAUGGUGAACAAGAGGAGGACCAUCCAGCACACAGCUCCAGGCGCUGACCUCCGCACCCUCCUUGCCAUCCAAGACCAGGAGAGUGUGGGGGCCAUCAUCACCCUCCUCAAGGCCUCAAACCCGACCCCAGCCACCCCGUUCUCCGUCACCGCCCUCUGCGUGAUGGAGCUUGUUGGCCGCGCUGCCCCGGUCUUCAUCGACCACGACCGGCAGCGUGAGGUCCCCACCCAGUAUACUUCCUGCCUCGUCAUCCACAAUGCUCUCAGCCAAUUCCAAGACUCCCACGCCGAGUGCCUAAAGCUCCAUUCCUACACCAUCGUCACCCCUAAAAGAACCAUGUACCAGGACAUCUGCGAGCGAGCUCUCAUCAACAAAGCCACCCUCAUCAUCCUUCCCUUCGACAAGGACAGUCUCGACACUGGCGGCAGAGGAGGAGGACGUCUUGGCGUCCGCUCCGUCAACUCCUUAGUGCUGUCCCAUGCACCAUGCUCCGUCGGGAUACUCGUCGACAAAGGCCACGUCGCAAGGCUGAACCCGGUCGCAGCAGCCUCUUCUGCCUUUGGAGGCGCUGGGCUCCACUUCGCGGUGCUGUUCUUGGGCGGAGCUGACGCCAGAGAAGCCCUGGCCUACGCCGACCGUAUGCUCGGAAACCCCGACGUCUGCCUGACCGUGAUCCGGUUCCUGGCCUUCAAUGGCGAAGGGGACAACGAGAUGGAGAAGAAGCUGGACGACGGCGUGGUGACGUGGUUUUGGGUGAAGAACGAGGCCAACGAGAGGGUGCUUUACAGGGAGGUGAUUGUCAGGAAUGGGGCGGAGACGGUGGCGGCGAUACAGGCGAUCAAUGAGGACACCUUUGAUCUUUGGAUUGUGGGGAGGAAGCAGGGGAUUAAUCCGGUGCUUCUCGAAGGGUUGUCGGAUUGGACUGAGAAUCAUCAAGAGCUGGGGAUCAUUGGGGACUAUGUUGGGGCCGUUGAUUUCGGAGGUACUGCGUCUGUGUUGGUUAUUCAGCAGCAGAUUCUUAGAGAGCAGGGGACGGCGGCCAGAAGUGCUUCUAGAAGAUUGGGAAUGUUGUAUGGGAACCAGUAGCUAGCUAGGCUAAAUUGAGACCUCCAUAUAUUUAUACAUACAUAUGUAUAACAUACGUGUACGUGCAUCCUCAAAGAGAUGGAUGAAGUUGGCAGAAUAGAAGUUACGAAAUGUCUGAUAAUUAAGAACUAGAACUGAAAUCAUUUUUGAAUU